AUGAGAAAAACGCGAGCUACUUGCUCGGAGAGGAUGUCGGAAACGACGCAAGCGACGGGAACAUCGAGACUUGGCAUGCGGGGACGAACGGGCAACGAAGUCCUUCCAAAAGUGUCUACUGCGGCGAGGUUUAAGGUGGGAAAUUCAACAGAAAUGCCGCAACACGUCUGCAUUCCGCGUCUUUUUACCGCCUCUCCUGACGACGAGUGGGCAAAGUUGACGUCGCCUCCGAGCUCUGCCUCGCUCGGAGGUCAGGUUCCGUCGAGGCCAGGCGCGGUUCGAGCCCGAGACCCAUGA